UGAAAAAUAAAUACGGAACAUUUAUAUGUCCCGUAUUUCUUAAAAAAAUUUCGGGGACAAGGUGCUGCAAUACAGCUGUCCCCGAAAAUGUAGAAUAAUGGUCGUGACGGAUCAUUCGAAUGAUCUAAAGGAAUGAUCUUCGGUCUGAUGUUAUUCUCUCUCUGAUAUACUUUCUACAAGUCUUGAGACAUGACUUUGUAAAUUAGACUCUAUGCAAUAUACUCGUUUUUGUAAUAUAAAAUAAAAAUUAUAAGGAAAGACCGAAUGAAACUGCUUUCAUGAUAGUUGAAGAUUUCGUUCUUACCGACAAACAUUUGUGUUCUUCAGCUUCUUCAGGUUAAGGCUAAACACGUGCAAGCCUGUAAUGUUGUAUAAAGCUGUACUAAGUUGUUAAAUCUUGAAAAUAUUUUUAGUUAAAUCAUGAAAAUAAAGAAAGUGAAAAGUACGACGAAGAAGUCAAAAAAGCCUAUUAAGACAAAAAAGAAACAACUAAGUACUAUAACUACAGAUGAAUUCUUUAAUCAAAGUUUUGAAGAUGAAGCAAUUAACAAUGGUCAAGAUGAAAAUAUGGAUGAUGAUGAUGCUAGAAGCAGUGAGAGCGACAUGGACCCAGUAGAACAUAAAAAAUCUUUAAUGAAAUUGAAACAUACAGAUCCGGAGUUUUAUUCAUAUUUGAAGCAGAACGAUAAUAAUCUUCUAGAAUUCAACAUAUCAGAUGAUGACAAUGAUGACGAUGAUAAUGAAAACCUUUCACUUGAAUCACACACAAGGCAUAUCCCUGAUGAACAUUUAGAGAUUGCCAGUGAUGAGAGUGACUAUGAAGCUGAUGAAGAUAGUGGGAAGGAUAGGAGAAAAAUUACAUUGCAAUUAUUGAAAAACUGGCAAGAAGAAAUUCAGAAAGACAAAUCUUUGAAAACCAUUAAAUGUGCUGUGGAAGCAUUCCAUGCUGCUUUACAAACAGUGUCUGGGUCUGCCGAUCAGGAAUCAUUGGAAUACAAAGUAGAGGGUGGAGCAGUGUUUAACGGAGUCGUUCAACUGUGUAUACUGCAUUUACCCGAUGCGAUGAAACGGUAUUUGAAAUUAAGUCCAGAUACCCAGUUUCAAGUUCACAAAGCUAAACGAUUUGGAAAAGUAAAGACUGUUCUAAAGUCGUAUUUAACUGAUUUAAUUAAGAUAUUACAAAAUGUAACGUCGACUAACAUUCUCACAGUGCUGUUGAAACAUUUACAUCAAAUGUUACCAUAUACAACGGCUUUUUCCUCUUUAACAAAGCCACUGUUGAAAAUCUUGUUAAAACUUUGGUCAAGCGGAGAAGAGACUGUUCGAGUUGUCUCAUUUCUGAGUAUAUUACGCAUUGCUACUAGUAAUCGGGAAUCAGUUUUAGAAACGCUACUCAAGACGAUGUAUGUAAAAUAUGUUGAGAAUUCGAAAUUUGUUUCGUUCAAUACGUUACCCGGGAUAAACUUCAUGAGGCACUCCUUAGUAGAAAUAUAUCUGUUAGAUAACAAUUUGGCUUAUAACCAUGCGUUCUUGUAUAUCAGGCAGUUAGCUAUACAUUUAAGAAAUGCUAUGACUCUGAAGAAGAAGGAACACUUUCAAGCUGUAUAUAAUUGGCAGUAUAUAAAUUCACUGCGUUUUUGGACAGAAUUAAUAAACUUGUCCUCGAGCGAUUCGAUGCUACGUUCACUUUUAUAUCCUCUUGUACAAAUUAUUACAGGAACGAUAAAAGUGAUACCAACGACGCAAUACUAUCCUCUGAGAUUUCAUUGUUUGCAGAUGUUAAUAGACAUUUCAAGAGAAACCGAUGUGUUCAUACCUGUUUUGCCGUUCUUGCUAGAGAUAUUGAAUUCUUACGAUUUUAACAAAAAACAUAAAGCAGUAUCUAUGAAACCGGUACCCUUCAUUUGUAUCCUAAGGGUGUCUAAAUCACAAUUACAAGAAAACGGAUUUAAAGACAAUGUUCUCGAAGCUAUAUACAAGCUUACGUUAGAAAGCGCUGCAAAGGAUAGCCACAAAGUGUAUUUUCCAGAUUUGUACAUACCUUGUAUAAUACAGUUGAAGGGAUUCUUGAAGAAAUGUCAUAUAGCGAACUACUCUAGAAAGAUAAAACAAUUACUGGAUAAGAUCGAGGAGAACCGGAAGUACAUCGAAACAGAGCGCAGCAAAACUGUACUCGAUCUAAAAAAUCUGCCUGAGAUAAAGAACUGGGAGAACAAAAUAAAAACGCAAGGUACAUCGAUAGCGAAAUUCUACGAAUCGUGGGUGAAGAUUCAUCAGUCCCAAAAGCUUAAGUUGCUUACGAAAAACGAAGAGAUAGCCGAAUAUACUUUGCCGACACUGAAAAAGUUGAAGAAGAGGACGACGACUGAAGAAAACGCGGAGAGCAGUGAGGAAAGUGACUUUGAGCUGAGGAUAAAAUCUUCCGAUCAACCGGAAACUGAAAAACCUCCGAAGCCAAAGAAGAAGAAGAAGAGAUCGAAGGUUAUCAAGAAAACAAAUGACAUCGUUCUACCCAAAGAGAAUACAGAUAUUGUACAAGAUAUAAAUAGCGACGAUUGGGACUAGCACGUAAUUUAUUUCAUAUGUACCAGAAUAACAAAUACGAUUUUAUAAUGAAGACUUUUACAAUUGUCAAAUUUGUUCAUAAAAAUAUGUAUUAGUUUUAAUUGAAAAUAAAGCUGGCGUUUAUAAUUGUA